AUGAAGACCUCUCAGCUUUUGACCUUGGCAGUUGCCACUUUUGGUCUCACGACAGGAACCGUCGCUCAGCGCAAUCGUGGUGGAAACACUGGCGCUACGACGACCGCCGCCGCCGCCACCUCCUCCUCGGCCUCUGGAAACAACAACGCUGCUGGAGGCAACAGCGGCAACAAUGGCGGCAACAGCGGCAAUGACGGCGGCAACCCGCUUCUCUUGCUUUCUUCCAACGUCCAAGCUGCCAGUGACUUCAUUGGUAACGCCGCGGCUGGUCAAGCCAACUCUGACACUGACCCGGCCAACUUCAUCAACUUCUGUACAGGCAAGACCCUGACCAAUGGCACUCAGAACACCGCCGGUUCAUGUAACGGCGUGGUUAUGGGUGACAUUCCUUCCAACAACAACAUGGUCUCUGCCAUUGUCCUCUUCCCCGGCCCCGGAGACGACCUGACCCCCAACCAGUCGUUCAACAUUCAAGUCCAAUUGACCAACUUGGUUGCCGGUUCCUUCACGGAUCCUCUCACCACAUACUACGCUGCUCCUCAACAGCUGGAAGGCGGCAACAUCGUUGGCCACUGCCACGUCACUGUUCAGGAUCUCGGCGACUCUCUCGCACCCACCACUCCCCCGGACCCGAAGACCUUUGCUUUCUUCAAGGGUAUCGAUGACGAUGGAAACGGAAAGGGUCUUCUCCAGGCUACCGUCACCAACGGUCUCCCUGCUGGAUUCUACCGUAUCUGCACCCUGAACAGCGCAUCUAACCACCAACCUGUCCUCAUGCCGGUCGCCCAACGAGGUGGUCAAGAUGAUUGCCAGAAAUUCACUGUCGGCCAAGGUAGCGGCAAUGCUGGUGGCAAUGCUGGUGGCAACGCUGGCAACAGCGGCAACGCAGGUGGCAGCGGCAACGCGGCCGCUUCUACCACCACCGCUGCCUCUGCUACAACUAGCGCUGCUGCAGGCGGCUCUGGCAACAAGAAUGCUGGCGGAAACGGCUCUGGAAACGGUGAAGCUGCCGCCACCACCACCACCACCACAACAGCCGCUGUCUCUACUGAGAGUGCCUCCUCUGGUGGCACAAACUCCACGUCUGGAGGAAACAGCGGUUUCGGCCGGGGCGGAAGAUUUGGCGGUGGCCGAGGCCGCUACGGGCGUGGCCGUGGACGAUUUGCUGCUCGCGACAUCGUCGCAUGA